GAAGAAUGGAUCCAAUGGUAUGUGAUGAAUCAGUGAAAGAUGCUUCAGAUUUCUAAUGAGAAGAAGAUUCUCCACACAGUUGAUAAAUGAAUUGCAUGUCCCACUCCAGAGAAGAUCUGACCAUUAUUUCCCAUCAAUUUCAAGGAUCCCACAAACCAAGCUUCCGGAAAAGUACAAGACUGUUGCUGAUUUGUUUAGUGAUAUGAGUUGUUCGCUUAGAUUGUUGCAUCUGCAUAAAAAUUCUCCAAAUUUUUUGAAAUAUUUGCAACAAGGUUGAAGUUCUUGAUAAGAGACAAACAUACCUGCACAGUCAGCACCUGAGAGAAAGCUUCAGAAAAUAACUCCCAAAAGUCUGCAUCGUAUUUUAAGCCUGCAAAAAGAGUGCUCAAGUUUACACUCACAGAAGGCAGUGAUGAUUUGGACAAUAGAGGAUGUUCUGAGGAGUGAGGACUGCAAAUCUUUUGGUUCUGUUUCCCUACCUCAGCAGUCACAUGUCGCUUCAAGUACGAUGUUUUUCUCAGCUUUAGAGGCGAAGACACCCGCCACGGUUUCACUGGCAACCUCUGGAAAGCUCUUGAUGACAAAGGAGUCAGAACUUUCAUGGAUGACGAGAAUCUUCAGAAAGGGGAUGAAAUCACACCGUCACUUAUUAAGGCAAUUGAAGACUCACAAAUCGCCAUAGUUGUCCUCUCUAAGAAUUAUGCUUCAUCAUCCUUUUGCUUACAAGAACUUUCAAAGAUCCUUGAUACCAUGAAAGAUAAGGUGGGUCGUUUUGUUAUGCCAGUAUUUUAUAAGGUGGAUCCUUCUGAUGUACGAAAGUUGAAAGGGACAUAUGGAGAUGCGAUGGAUAAACUUGGCGAGGCCAGCUCCUCCAGUCAUAAUAAAUGGAAGGACUCUCUUCAUCAAGUUGCUAAUUUGUCUGGAUUUCCUUACGAGAAAAGGGAUGGGUAUGUGCAUGAGUUUAUUGAGAAGAUUGUUGAAGAAGUCUUAAGAAAUAUAAAACCUGUUGCCUUACCUGCUGGUGACUUCCUUGUUGGAGUGGAGCACCAAAAGCAACACGUGACUUUGCUUUUGAAUGUUGGGUCUGACGAUUCAAUCCACAAGGUAGGGAUUCUUGGGAUUGGUGGAAUAGGGAAAACCACUCUUGCUCUAGAAGUUUAUAAUUCAAUUGUCAGUCAAUUUGAAUGUUCCUGUUUUCUUGAAAAAGUUAGAGAAAAUUCUGACAAAAAUGGGUUGAUAUAUCUCCAAAAGAUCCUUCUAUCUCAUAUUUUUGGAGAGAAGAACACAGAGAUAACAAGUGUUGGAGAAGGAAUUUCAAUACUAAAAAAAAGGCUUCCAGAAAAGAAGGUUCUUUUGCUUUUAGACGAUGUUGACAAGAAGGAGCAAUUAAAGGCUAUUGCAGGAAGUUCCAAUUGGUUUCGUAAAGGCAGUAGAGUAAUAAUCACAACUCGGUACAAAAAUUUGCUAAUUAGCAGUGGAGUUGAAAGAAUAUAUGAGGUGAAGGGAUUGAAUGAUGAAGAUGCUUUUGACUUGGUAGGAUGGAAAACUUUAAAAAACGAUUGUAGUCCACGCUAUAAAGAUGUUUUAUUAGAACAAAAGUAUGGAAGAGAAUCUGAUGCAAACAAAUUGCGUAGACUGAAAGAUUUGAAGAACGACGAAGGCUACGCAAAUGUAUUAAAACGUGUCGUAGCAUAUGCUUCUGGUCAUCCACUUGCUUUGGAAGUCAUCGGUUCUCACUUUUCUAAUAAGACAAUAGAACAGUGUAAUGAUGCACUAGAUCGUUACAAAAGAGUUCCUCAUAACAUGAUCCAAACGACACUACAACUGAGUUAUGAUUCUUUGCAGGAAGAAGAGAAGAUUGUGUUUCUUGACAUUGCAUGUUGCUUCAAAGGAUGGAAAUUGACAAUGGUUGAAGGAAUACUUCAUGCUCAUCAUGGUCAUACCAUGAAAGACCAAAUUAAUGUGUUAGUGGAAAAGUAUCUCAUAAAAAUAAAUGAGUCUGGUAAUGUGACAUUACAUGAUUUGGUAGAGGAUAUGGGAAAAGAAAUUGUUAGACAAGAAGCACCUGAAGAUCCUGGAAAACGUAGUAGGUUAUGGUUUUCCGAAGAUAUAAUUCAAGUUUUAGAAGAAAAUACAGGAACAAGUAAAAUUGAAAUGAUACAUUUCGACGGUGUGAUUGAAGUACAAUGGGAUGGAGAAGCUUUCAAGAAGAUGGAAAAUCUCAAAACACUCAUUUUUAGUAAUGAUGUUUUUUUUUCUGAAAAUCCCAAACAUCUUCCAAAUAGUCUAAGAGUGUUGGAAUGCCGCAAUCACAUGUGUCCAUUUAAAUGGGAGGGCUUUCUCACAAUGAAGUUCCAGAAUAUGAGAGUUCUAAAACUUUAUUAUAGUGACGGUUUAACACAGAUACCUGAUAUAUCUGGUCUCCCAAAUUUAGAAGAAUUUUCAAUUCAAAAUUAUGGGAAAUUAUUCACAAUUGAUGAAUCGGUUGGAUCUUUGCGUAAGCUUAAAAUCCUGAGGGUUAUAAGUUGCACCGAAAUCCACAGUCUUCCAUCUCUCAUGUUACCCUCUCUAGAAGAACUUGAUCUUUCAUAUUGUAUUAAUCUUGAGAGUUUUUCGCAUGUGGUAGAUGGGUUUGGUGAUAAGCUUAGAACCAUGAGUGUUAGAGGAUGCUUCAAGCUAAAGAGUAUUCCACCUCUUAAGUUGGAUUCACUAGAAACAAUGGACCUUUCAUGUUGUUUUCGUCUCGAGAGUUUUCCACUUGUGGUGGAUGGGAUUCUUGGAAAAAUUAAAACUCUGAAUGUUGAAAGUUGUCACAAUCUCAGGAGUAUUCCACCACUCAAGUUGGAUUCGUUAGAAAAACUUGACAUUUCAUAUUGUGGUAGUCUUGAGAGUUUUCCACAAGUGGAGGGAAGGUUUCUUGGAAAACUUAAAACCUUGAAUGUUAAAAGUUGUCGGAUUAUGAUAAGUAUUCCAACUCUCAUGUUAAGUUUGCUAGAAGAGCUAGAUCUUUCGUAUUGUCUUAAUCUCGAGAAUUUUCCACUUGUAGUGGAUGGGUUUCUUGGAAAACUUAAAACCCUGAGUGCUAAAAGUUGUCGCAAUUUAAGGAGUAUUCCAUCUCUCAAGUUGGAUUUACUAGAAACACUUGACCUUUCAAAUUGUGUUAGUCUUGAGAGUCUUCCACUUGUGGUGGACGGGUUUCUUGGAAAACUUAAAACCCUACUUGUUACAAACUGUCACAAUCUUAAGAGUAUUCCACCUCUGAAGUGUGAUGCACUAGAAACACUUGACCUUUCAUGUUGUUAUAGUCUUCAAAGUUUUUCACUUGUGGCUGACAGAUUAUGGAAACUCGUGUUGGAUGAUUGUAAGGAACUUCAGGAAAUUAAAGUGAUUCCUCCAUGCUUAAGAAUGUUAUCUGCUGUAAACUGCACGUCGUUGACUUCUUCGUGCACAAGCAAAUUACUAAAUCAGGAAUUACAUAAGGCUGGAAACACUUGGUUUUGUUUGCCACGGGUGCCAAAAAUUCCAGAGUGGUUUGACCACAAAUACGAGGCCGGAUUGUCAAUUUCUUUCUGGUUUCGUAACAAGUUUCCUGCCAUAGCUCUCUGUGUUGUUUCUCCAUUAACAUGGGAUGGUUCUCGACGUCAUUCUAUAAGAGUGAUCAUCAAUGGAAAUACAUUUAUCUACACAGAUGGUUUGAAGAUGGGUACGAAAUCACCGCUGAAUAUGUAUCAUUUGCAUCUUUUUCAUAUGAAAAUGGAAAACUUUAAUGAUAAUAUGGAAAAAGUACUUUUUGAAAAUAUGUGGAACCAUGCAGAGGUUGAUUUUGGAUUACCAUUCCAGAAAAGUGGAAUUCAUGUAUCGAAAGAGAAAAGUAACAUGAAGGAUAUUAGAUUCACCAAUCCAGAGGUUGAUUUUAUUUUACUCUAGGGAUGUUGAAGUAAGUAUAUCAUUCAUUUUACCCAAAAAGUCAUAAAUUUUCUUCCUGUAGUGUUGAUCACCAAAUCACAAUUAUAGGUUGGACUAUCACUAGAUUGCUGCGUCUGGGUAAAAAGUCUCCAACUUUUCAAAUAUUUGACACAAGGUUGAUGUUAUUGCUAAGAUACUAUCCAGUUUAAGGUUGUAUUUUGAUAUUCUCCCUAGUUAAAACUUUGUACCACCGACAUUUCUGAUCGAAGGCAUGUGUUGUGUUCGAAUCAUGUCUACACCAACACAUGUGGUUACAUUGAAUCAUGUCAUUUUCUCAAAUUAUGAUGGAUAUCGACGUGUGUUUGUGCAUAAGUGCACCAUGUGCAGAUGAAUUUUAGUCUUGGUGUUGUAAAAAAUUAUGGAUUGUGUUGGCAGACUUUUUUCGCAAUUGUCAUGGCUAAUUUGUGAAAGAUGAGAGUGCCAUGACAUUUUAUGCCGAUUAUGACUACCUCAAAUGGUGAUUUUUUGGAUUUCCGCAUUCAAUCAUAUUGUUUAGUGUAUGUUUGGAUUCACGGUGAGUUUGACAGAAUGUCGUUGCGCCACCCUGAUUUUGGAUAAGCUACGCUUUGGAGCUUCUACAAAAUCAUGGUUACCUUGAUUUCGGUAAACUCACCGUGAAACCAAAUAUCCACUUCGUGUGUUUUUAAUGAUAGAUUAACGAAAAGACCGUGAAACCAAAUAUGCACUUUGUGUGUUUUUAAUGACUAUAUAGUAUCCCUUUUCUUUUAAUGAUAGAUUAACGAAGGGACCAUUGUUUUUUUUUUGGAAUAACGGUAGUGUGUUUUAUUUUCAGAAACUUCUCAUAUAUUCAUCUAGCGCAGAUGAAAUAUAUACUCCUUGAUUUGCCUCUUCUACGACGUUUUUUUUCCAGACUUUUUUUUUAAUAUGCAUCUUGAGGUCACAUUUUUUGAUUUAAGGGUAUUACUCUUGUUAAUUGUAUUUUCUGUAUUUUUCGGAACAAUUUAUGCUAUCUUAACGAUGGUAUAUGUGAUCUUACUCGAUUGUUAGCUUUGAUUUGAAUUGUUAUUUUAGAUGUUUAGAGUUCACAUUUAUAAAUUCAAUUUGAGGGAGUACGAGAACUUCAUUGGUUGUUGUGUCUGAGUUAUACUUCUGAUGCGAUCCAAUGUAAUCAAUGUCAUACUAUCAUUUUUUGGUAACAUAGUCCCAAGAUUUUGGAAUUCAUGAUUACUAAUGUGAUUGCAUUUUGGUUUUCAUUAUCUGCAUGGUACUCUGCGGUGGGUAUAUGUUAAAAUGUAGCUCCAAAGUAUUGCAAUCACAUACGUUUAUUUGGGUCUGCCACAGCUAUAUUUAUUUUUGUUCUUAGUUAAGUAAAGAAAUUUGAAAGUGUGACUGUUGCAAAAGAAUUGAUUUCAUCACUUCAAUUUUGAUUUUAGUUUUUUGGUUUUGCUUUUUAUUGUGGAUAUAAGGUUUCUAAUAUCAUACUCCACAACCACACUACCCAGAGCCAUUUAGACGAAGAGCUUGUAAGUUGAUUUCCAAAGAUGGACCUGUAAAUUUGCAUUGUGUUUUAAGCCUGCAAAAAGAGUGCUCGCCUUUACACUCACAGAAGGCGGUGAUGAUUUGGACAAUAGAGUAGACAUGUCAAAAUUAAACCAAGCAGAGGAUGUUCUGAGGACCGAAAAUCUUUUGAUUUGGUUUCCCUAUCUCGGGAGGUAGAAGAGAGCCUUAGUCAUUCCUUUUGGGAAACCAAUGUAGAUCAAACUGGUUUGGAUGCAUCGGAUAACACUCCUUCAUCAUUGGUGGAACUGGUUAAUGUGAUUGACUAUUUGGAGUAGCUGAGGAACAGAUUGAGAUUUUGGAAAAGAUUGUGCCAGACCGGCUUUCCAGGAAGGCGGUUUCUUCUGGCUUUGCAGUGUCAAGAAUGCAUUAGAUUUGGACUCGGUUCUAUCAAGACUUCACAGCAAUGUGAUCAAAGAAGAUGAAUGAAGGGUUUUUGUUGAAUGGUAAUUGCUAUGUUGCAAAUGAUUAUUGGUUGGUUUUUUGCACUCAUUGGUUUGGUUAGAACAACCAGCUAUAGUGAAUAUCUUGGCUGGCACAUAGAGGGAGUGUAAGAAAUGUAAACUGAGAUUCUUAGGGGGGAUUGGAAUUGCGUAACACAA